GGCGCGGGGAGCGGCGGCCGGCGGGGCAUGGCGUCCAUGGCGGCGGCGAUCGCGGCCUCGCGCUCGGUCGUCAUGAGCGGGAACCGGCCCCUGGACGAGCGGGAGCGGAAGCGCUUCUCCUACUUCUCGUCGCUGAGCCCCAUGGCGCGGAAGAUCAUGCAGGACAAGGAGCGGGUCCGCGAGAAGUACGGGCCCGAGUGGGCGCGGCUGCCGCCCGCGCAGCAGGACGCGAUCCUCGACCGGUGCCUGGUGGGUCCGAGCGGCCCCGCGCCCCGCGCGCCCGGGGACCCCGAGGAGCCGGCGCGCUUCCCCGGCCUGCGCGGCCCCACGGGCCAGAAGCUGGUGCGCUUCGGGGACGAGGACAUAACCUGGCAGGACGAGCACUCGGCCCCUUUCUCCUGGGAGACGAGGAGCCAGAUGGAGUUCAGCAUCUCCUCCUUAUCCAUCCAGGAGCCCGGCCCCCAGGCCCUCCGGCCGGCCCAGGGCGGCAAGUCCUCCAGCCUGGACGCCCUGGGCCCCGCCCGGAAGGACGAGGAGGCCACCUUCUGGAAGAUCAACGCCGAGCGGUCCCGCGGGGAGGGCCCCGAGGCCGAGUUCCCCUCGCUGACCCCCAGCCAGAUCAAGUCCAUGGAGAAGGGCGAAAAGGUCCGGCCCGCCAGCUACCGGCCAGACCCCGCCCCGAGGGACAAGGAGGACAAGGCGGAGCGGCCCGGCCACCUGCGCGCGGAGCCGCUGGCCCUUCCCGGCGCCGGCGUCCCGCCCCAGGGACCCCCGCCCGUGCAGGCGGGCACCGGGGCGUCCGAGGAAGGCGCCCCCUCGGAGCCCGUGGGCAAGCCGCUCUCCCCCGCGGCCGGCCCGAUGGAUGGGGAGACGGCGGCGGAUGAGCUGUUCUCCGAACCCGGCGCUGCACAGGUCUGCGCCAGCAGCGUCAUCCUGAAGACGGGGUUUGAUUUCCUGGACAACUGGUAAACCGUGCCAGACGCACGCGCACAAACCCCACCGAAAAACCAAGAACCCCCGGAGAUCCCCGCCGCGGUGCGGCCGGCGGGGCCGGUGGAGCGGGCAGCCUUUCCGUGGGGCGUUCCCCCGGUCUCUGUACGCAGUUUUUUUUUUUUUUUUAAUCUUUUGGAAACUGGUAGAGAAUCGCCGAGUCCAGAUUUCCGGAUCUCCCCCCUUUUUGCUAAGACCCGACGACUUUGCCAUUUUCCACGACUUGACGCCCGACGUGUCGCGUUUGGGGUUUGUCAAGACCGUCGGGCAUUCCUGUCGCGCGUCCUGUCACUCCAACGUGUGUUCCGGCCGCAGGGGGUUCCCCGCCUCCGAGAAAGGGCUCUCUGUCCACCAGUCACAGAGGUGACAAACGUGGCCUCCCUCCCUCUCCUUCUCCUUCAUUCCCCACCCCCACCCCCCUUUUUCUCCUUGUGGGUUUCCUUGGAUGGAUGACCUUGGAUGACCUUGGAUGGGUGGUGGUUGGGGAUGUCCUCAGCAAGGUGGCAUCAGCAUGCCGGCAGGGUCCGUCACUCGAGGACCCUGAUUAGUUGCAAGGACCCUCCAGCCCGACCCUGGCUGGGGCUCCUUCAUCCCCCCCGGCCGGUCCGCCUUCCGGGCAUCACGGACCCUCCCGAGCCCCGCCCGCCCGCUCGCAGGAGCUCAGGAGCCCAGUGUCUGCGGGGACGUGGAGACCUCUGUCGUCAUAGCAACGGCGUCUCCCGGUGGGAGAAGGACCUCGAGGCUCCCUGCUGCUCCAGUGGGCAUGGCUCCCAGGCGGCCCCGGGGAGCAGGGCGGCCCCUGCACCCGCCCCCCACCCCCCCACCUCCAGCCCAGAGCUGCGUGAACCCCGGGGUCGCGCCCCAGCGUGAUGGACCCGCCCCUCUCACUGUGUUCUGCUCACCGACGCCUUAACCCCGCCAGUCCUGCCAGCCAGCACCUGGGCUCAGGGUCCACGCCUGUGUUUUUGUGGGUUUUUUGUUUUUUAAACCCGCCUCUUUGUUUCCCGGGACAGAGCUGAAAGGACUUCCAGAAUGUUUUCUCUGGCUCCGAGGGGAGGCCCGCGGCCACGCUCCUGGGUUGUUUUUUCCAGGAGAGUUUCUGCCAAGGCCGCGGCUCAGCCCGUGUGGGGCUUGGCUCCCGCCAAGUGCUCCGUGUCCCUAAACCUCCUCUGGCCCCUGGGGUCCUGGAUGCGACCUUCCUCCUUCUGCUGACUGUCUCAUGUUUUUUUUAAAGAAUAUAUUUGUAUUGAUUUCAGAGAGAGGGAGGGGGAG